UCCCUCAUCAUUGUCUGUGUUAGCAUCGUGGUCGACGUAAGGCUCAAAGUCAGACUCGUUCGAGAACUUCAGCUUUCAUCCCUCUUGAGAAGAUUUUCCAGUUAUCCCUAUUAGCUGCAGUCAAAGGAGCUUUGAAAGGAGAAGAUGAAAAUGACGAUGACAUCUCAGCUCUCUGUCUUGAUCCUUCUUGGGUUGGUUGCCCUCAUCUCCGGGGCGAGACCGAGACAACGAACGAACGCUGAUUGCUUCAAAUGUUCCCCUGACUCCCCGUGCCUUGGGCAUCAACUUCUCUGUGAUUUCAGCCGAGACUGCCCCAAUGGUGAAGAUGAGGCUGAGGGAAUAUGCCAGCAUGCUGACUUUGGAUCCUCAUAUAUCUUGAGUAUUGACGAUCCCAUCUUAAUACAUGCCAGUGAUAACCAACCAAUCAAGGUAGCUAGCACCAACACAUGGUUCUCCCUCUACCGCUUCACUGGCCCUCACGGCACCGAGAUCAGCUUCGAUUUUAUCGAGAUCACCUUCACGUCUAACACCAAGCGAGCGGGUCGUUCUUACAUCGCCUCUGGUUCGGGCGAUGAUCCCACGACGGUUUCUACCCAGACUGCCCGCAUCGCACCGGGAUCGACCGAUACGCCGACCGGCACGCAUGUGUACUCGACUGAAAGCAACGUGGCUUGGCUCUUAAUUGCUCAUCCGAAGGGAGAAAAGGUGGACUUCACUGUCCGUAUCAGCGCCGUUAUGGAGACCACUCUAGUCGGAGAGUCUGCCGCUUACGCCGGAGCAAACACCAACACUGACACUAACACCGAGCAGUCAGCCUGCUUCCCGUGUGUUAGCCGUGACCUAGGCUGUGUUAAGUGGGAGUGGCGAUGCGACGGAACAAACGACUGUGACGAUGGGGCAGACGAGCUCAACUGCCCCUGCAAGGGUUUCGCCUGCAGUGAUGAUAAAUGCAUCCCAUCUUUGUUCAGAUGCGAUGGCAUCCUCGACUGCGCCAAUGAUGAAACAGACUGCCCUGCCUAAGGACGAAAGCUGGCGCUAUUCAUCUUUCCACAUACUUAUGAUUAGCCACAAUCUCCGUUUGUUGUCAUAUUUAUGAUCCCACAUCCAAUUAUAAUGUUACUCUAUGUCAAUGUGUAAUGACUGUGACUGUAUUGAUUAGUAAGAACCUUUUAUAUGAUUCCGUGUGUUAAAGUAUAAGGGCCUAUUCUUGAAGUUCAGUUAAUUUUGUGUGAACAAGUAGAUUGGGCAAUGAACGUCGAGCAUGUCUGAUUCAAAUACUCAAAGUUUAAAUCAACAAAUUUAGGAUGUUGCUCGGUUAGUGUUUCUAUGAAAAUAGAGGUAUGAAGUGCUAUCGUGUACAAAGCAAUAGGAAAAUAAAUCAUUUUAAUGCAUUGUAUGGCUUUACAACAAACUUCUUUCUUAGCAUAUUAUUCAAAGUAGAAACUUUUAUAUAUUUUGAAGUGUUAAGAAACGCAAACCGAUAUAUAUUUGCUAUAUUUUUUGUGCAGACUCUUAAUUUUGAUAGUUGGUAAUACGUCUCUCUUUUGUUUUCUUUCUUUCACAAACUCCUCUCUCUCUCUCUCUCUCUCUCUUCCUCUCUCUGUCCUAAUCCUUCUCUAGAAUUGGCCGCCGUAUAGCUGCUUUUGAGUUUCAUUUAUGUCUAACACAUGUCUUUGAUAUAAACCUAUCCACAUUUUUAAAUGUGCUAACAUUACAUAUUGAUCUUUUGAAUUAACUCAAUUUAAGGACGCAAUUUCAAAAUUUGAAAUAUGCGAUACGAUAGCCCUUUGUCAUGACGUAACACCGAAUAUCGUACUAUAUUGAUUUAUAGAUCAGAAUAAAUGGCGGGUUAUCAGACCAAUCAAUGUGAAUGGCUUCUUUAGAAUGUUUAUACAAAAGGCUCUCUUGUAGCAAAAGGGUUUGAUUCGUACUGUUGCUGUUCCUCAUCGUGAAUCGAGAUAUAAUCACAAGUGUGUCGUGACCUCACAAUAUAAUAAAACAAAUAUCAUAUUCAA